UCUUCUCUCUUCGCCCAGUUACGAGCGGAAACCCUCGUAACUGUGGACAGCGCGAGGGGAGCUGGCCGGAAAGUCUUUCUUCUUCCUGCAACAAUCCCGAAAGCUGCGUGCUCCCGAACGAAGCAACGGAGAUCGCGACGGGAGCUUGCUGGAAAGACGUCGUCGAAGGAUCGAGGCGAUUUCAAAAUAAGAAACAAACAUGAUGGGCGUCAAGGCUCGUCCAGCUUCCACUGAUCCUCCUAAAAUAGAGGUGGGUGAGAUAGACACUAGGGCGCCCUUUGAAUCUGUCAAAGCUGCUGUCAGCUUAUUUGGUGAGGUUGCAUUGUCCAGUGAUAAAUCAGCAUCAAGAAAACUAAAGAGCCCAUCAUAUGAGAAAACAUUAGCUACAGAGACUAAACUCCAUAUAGCUCAGAAAGAGCUAAACAAGUUCAAGGAGCAGCUGCAUAACGCAGAAACAACAAGGGUUCAAGCUCUUGCUGAGCUUGAAACAGCUAAGAAAGCUGUUGAGGAGCUGACACAAAAACUGAUUACCAUCAAUGAGUCAAAGGACGAAGCAUUAAAAGCAACAGAAGCUGCAAAAAGCAAAACAGAGCUGCUUGAAGAGUUAAGCCCCGGUGACCAUUCUGAGAAGGAUGCAUCCUGGAAGCAUGAACUAGACAGCGCCAGAGAGCAGUAUGCAGUUGCCCUCUCCAAACUGGAUGCAGCAAAGCAGGAGCUUAGGAGGAUCAGGAAGGAGUUUGAGACAUCAAUGGAUGCUAAGAUCACGGCCAUCCACCAGGAAUCUGAAGCGAAACAUCUCUCUGAUGCCAAUAAAGAGAAGGCCGCUCAACUUGCCAAGGAUAUUGCAACUUUACAGGAGUCACUUGUGCAUGUGAAACUAGCUACAGAACAGGCUCAACAGGAUGAGUCCAAAAUCAGAGCAGAGAAGGAGACCAGCAGACAGUCUUACAAGCUAGCAUUAGAAGGGAAUGAGGCCAAAUUGGCCUCCUUAAAGAAAGAUUUUAAUCCUGAACUUCAUGAAGACCUGAAGAAGAAGCUGGAGGAGACUGAAGCUCAGAUUGAUGUGAUUCAGAAGCAGAUGAAAGAUGCCCGGGCAUCAGAUAUGGAGUCUAUUGCCACAGUGACGAGUGAGUUGGAUGGUGCAAAAGAGUUUCUACAGAAGGUUGUAGAGGAAGAAGCCUCUCUGAGGAGUGAGCUGGAGUCAUUGAAGCUUCAGCUGGAAGCUUUGAAGAAGGAGAAUUCUGAACUUCAAGUUAAGGACGCAGAAACUGAAACCCUUGCUGCAAACCUUCAUUUGAAGCUUCAAAAAUGCAAGUCUGAACUUGAGUCAGCUAUGUUCGCUGAGUCAAAGGCAAGCUCAACCUCUACUGAUCUAACAUUGGCCCUCCAGCAGUUGUCUGCAGAGUCCCUCACCGCGCAGAAAGAAGCAGAAGAAAUGAAGAGGAAGGCAGAUGAACUCAGGAGGGAAGCUGAAGUAGCGAAGAUUACAUUAGCAGAGGCGGAGGCAAAGCUGCAGGUUGCCUUAAGAGAUGCUGAAGAGGCAAAGGUGGCGGAGACGAAGGCCCUUAACCAGAUCAAGGAGCUAUCAGAGAAGGCCAAUGCCGUCCGUUCCUCAACCUCAGAAUCUGGCGCAAAAAUCACAAUCUCCAGGGAGGAGUACGAGUCUUUGAGCAGGAAGGUUGAGGAAUCAGAGAAAUUGACAGAGAUGAAAGUUGCAGCUGCAAUGGCUCAGGUGGAAGCCGUGAGAGCUAGUGAAAAUGAGGCAAUCAAGAGGCUGGAGGCUGUGAGGAAGGAGAUUGAGGACAUGGGUUUGGCUGCGGAAGACGCGCUAAAGCGAGCAGACAUGGCCGACGCAGCGAAGAAAGCUGUGGAGGGAGAGCUGAGGAGGUGGCGUGAGAAGGAGCAGAAGAGGGUUGCUGAAACUGCAACCCAGAUACUAGCUGACACCGCCCCUCAGGGAUCCAUCCAGUCCACGCCACCAAGGGCUAAACUUCCUAGAGCUGCUGCUAAUCCACUGCCAUCCAUGGAGAAAGAUGAGCGCAAGGAGAACAAAACGCCCACAAAGAAGGCUCUUAUUCCAGUUCUUAGUGGCAUCUUUAGCAGGAAGAAGAGCCUUGUGGAAGGUGGAGGAUCGCCGUCGUUUUCUCAGAAUGAGAAACUUGAGAAGCAUACAUGAUUGUUUCCCUUUUCAAGAUUGCGAGGUGGUUUGCCUGGGUUUCUGUAUAAAUGAAGAUGUCAGAGCUUUUUCCACGUUCUGUUUUUUUUUUUUCUCUCCAGAACUGUAAUCAGAUUGUCCUAACCGCAGCCACUGGAGACUUCUCGUAGUUUCUCUAAUUGCUUGGGAAGACUUUUUAUUAUUUUGUUCAAAUUUCUAUCUAUAUGGUUUUGAUUGAGUUGAGGUUGAAAAGUACUUUUGAAGUUCAUAAUAACAAAGGAUUUUGAUGUGGAACAAA